UGAUUAACAUACCUUUUUGAUACGUUGAGAGAUUCUAACAGACCUUCAAGAAAACAAUGGUUGAAAUACACAUGGAAGAAAACUGUUCUCAAGAUGAGGACUGGAUCAAAAUUUGUGGCAUUUAUAAGGACACACCAAGACUUGAAAUUCUGAAAGAAAUUAAGCAAUCUUUUAAGAGCAGUCGUUUUACAUUUGUCCAUUUUGAAAAUGAUAAUGUUACUGUUAAACAAACCUGUAAGUUUCCACAAGAACGUUUAUUGCUUUACAAUGAGCUGAAAAAUUAUUCAAAAGUGUACAGUAAUUUCAUUAUACAUGAUCAUAAGUUUCUUUAUGUGCCUGAUGACGAAUGGAAAUCAUUUGGAAAUAUUUUUCCAAAACACAAGGGAAUAAUGCUGCUGUACAGUUGUCUAGAACAAGGCAAGAAGUUAAUGACCAAUGAACAAAUACCAGACUUUGAAAGUCCACAACAAGGUGUCAGUCUACUCAAUCAAUCAUGUCAUGAUCCUCAAUACAAUUUGAUUAGCCGUACAUUUGCAUAUUGUCCACAGAUUCCCUGUGAUCAGAGGGACACUGCCUCUUCACAUAAGGGAUCCAUAUCAAAAAAGUGCUGGUAUUGGUAUGGGGCAGAGAAGGCAUGCAUUUCAUUUAAUAUGAUUGCACAUGAUAAAAGAACUGAACCAGGUGAUGACAUGGCUGUAAGCCCUACAAACAUAGCAAAAUUUAUAGACAGGGCUCUGAGGUCCACAAAGAUGGCAAUAGGUGGAGGGAUGGCUCCGAUAAAGGUAAAGAAGGCACAAUAUAAAAGCAUGGUUCUGAUGCUGACAAAGAUGGCAAAAAUGAUGCUAACAAUAAUUGUUCCACAUGAAAAAAUGGAUAUAAUUUGCACGAGUCUGAACAUUACAGACAUUGUACUAAGUGUAAUCAAAGGUCAAUUGUUCAUUAAGACUGCAAAGGGUGAAAAAAUGAAGUGGAAGCUGUCAAAUAAUAACCAAAGUGUAAACAUGAUGUUGCUGUCCAGAAAAACUGAACCAGAUAGUCAAAAUACUCUGAUGUUAACAGGGAAUGAUCAAGAAGUUUCCUUAUUUAAUACACCAAAUGAAGUGGAGUUCUUUAGCAAAAUUUUGUUAGAUGGGCCAAAAGCAAAUAGGCCAGAAAAAAAUAUUGAGAGGUCAUUGAUCAAUAGGGAAGAUCAUGUUUCAGUUGUAGAUCAUUCCCUACCUAAAGUAAAAAAGUCAAGAAAAGCAGUUAGCAAAAAAUAUGGCUAUAGGGUGAAGAUAAAACAUGCACUAUGUGGUACUGGAAAAGGUAAAUGUGCUAAGGAGAGGAGUAUUUUAGGAGAACAAAACAAAUUUUUGAAUAAAAUGCCACUUAGAAAUAGGUUUUUAAAGAAAAGAGAUAAAUGGAAGAAAAAGCAUAGAAGAAUAGAUACAAAGACUCAACGUAAAAGAUUGAAGCCCUUGAAACAACAAAAGGGAUGGUCGUGGAAUUAUUAUGAAAAUCUAAAAUUGGAAUACCUUAAAGAUGAGGAGUAUGAUUUUAAUCAAGUUCAAAAAGAACAUAUUAUGGAUAUAUCACAUUAUAUAAGGGAGUUUACCAGACUACCUUCUGGAGAACACUACUCCUCUAACAUUGAUGUAUGGCCAGCUAGCAGAGAGAAUGGAAGGAAUGAAGAGGAAUCAAAUGUUUUUUCUGCUGAUCAGCAUUCAAACCAUGCUGUUCAAAAUCAAUUAGUGCCAAGCAGAAGAGAAAGAGAGCCACAUGGUAUUGGAAUUCACCAUCCAUCGCAAAGAGAAUUGACGGGCAUUCAUGCAGUGCAGCAAUUGGGUGAUGUAACUCAAGUUAACAAUAGAAUGGGAAUACAGAUGUCUUACAUACAUGCUGACCAGUCAUCAACACAGGAAACAACCAUUAAUGCUCUAGCAUCUGAUCUGCCAAUGCCACAUAUAAUAAGACGUUCCUCAUCACAAGCAAUAAGAACCUCUAGUGAAACAUUUGCUUAUGCAGAGCUGGGUAUUGGAGAAAGACUGCCACAUCAGAGAAACAGAAGACCAGAUGGUAACUUUCAGAACAUAAGACCAGUAGGUGACAUCCAGAACAUAAGAUCAGUUGGUAACAUCCAGGAAAGUAGACCAGUUGGCUACAUCCAGAACAUAAGACCAGUUGGUAGCAUCCAGGACAUAAGGUCAGUUGGUAACAUCCGGAACAUAAGACCAGUUGGUGGCAUCCAGGACAUAAGAUCGGUUGGUAACAUUCAGGAAAGUAGACCAGUUGGCUACAUCCAGAACAUAAGACCAGUUGGUAGCAUCCAGGACAUAAGACCAGUUGGUAACAUCCAGAACAUAAGACCAGUUGGUAGCAUCCAGGACAUGAGAUCGGUUGGUAACAUCCAGAACAUAAGACCAGUUGGUAACAUCCAGGACAUGAGAUCGGUUGGUAACAUCCAGAACAUAAGACCAGUUGGUAGCAUCCAGGACAUGAGAUCGGUUGGUAACAUCCGGGAAAGUAGACCAGUUGGUAACAUCCAGAACAUAAGACCAGUUGGUAGCAUCCAGGAUAUAAGAUCAGUUGGUAACAUCCGGAACAUAAGACCAGUUGAUAGCAUUCAGGACAUAAGAUCAGUUGAUAACAUCCGGGAAAGUAGACCAGUUGGUAACAUCCAGAACGUAAGACCAGUUGGUAGCAUCCAGGACAUAAGAUCAGUUGGUAGCAUCCAGGACAGAAGACCAGAUGGUAACAUCCAGGACAGUAAUGUACAGAAUAGAAGACCAUCUGGAAAUUCACACCAAAUAUUAGGUACUUUAAAACUACUGAUUGUUUGA